CUAUCUCCAUGACUGUUUUCUCUCUCUAAAACUCACGCUGUAAACAGGGGGGAGAGGAGAGGCUUUUUGAAGAAGCUUACAAAACGAGGGACCAUUUAAGCAGCUGUGGAGUGUAGAGAGAGAGAGAGAGAGACCACGUCCCAAUCCUUUGCUUUAUUACCCUCUCCCUCGCUCUCUCUCUCUCCUCCUCUCCUUCCUCACUGUGGCGCUUUCAAAACCCCAAACCUAAUUCCCAACACCCAAAUCCCCAUCGCACGCGACAUCGGUUGGGGGGGGGGCGACCCGAUCCGUCCCUUUCGAGCUUGGGGUUGCUUCAUUCCUCGGCUUCGGCCAACGCUCUCGUGGGUUUUGAAGGGGACGGUGGGAAUGUAGCUGAUUCGAUCGGCGGUGAUCGAGAAAUGUCUUCGGCUCCGGCUCUGGGCGCCGCUGCGGCGUCGAAUGCGGUGUUCAAGAGUGGACCCCUUUUCAUAUCAUCGAAAGGAAUUGGUUGGAAAUCAUGGAAGAAGCGCUGGUUCAUCCUCACGCGUACAUCCUUAGUCUUCUUCAAGAGUGAUCCUAGUGCACUGCCCCAGAGAGGUGGUGAAGUGAAUCUUACUUUGGGGGGCAUUGACUUGAAUAAUUCAGGAAGUGUGGUGGUUAGGGAAGAUAAGAAGUUGUUGACUGUGUUAUUUCCAGAUGGUCGUGAUGGGCGAGCAUUCACUCUUAAGGCAGAAUCAUCUGAAGACUUGUUUGAAUGGAAAACUGCACUAGAAAAUGCUCUUGUGCAAGCUCCAAAUGCUGCUCUUGUCAUGGGACACAAUGGAAUAUUUCGUAAUGAGAAUACAGAUGCAUUUGAAGGAUCCAUUCAAGAAUGGAGGGGCAAGCGCCCUAUCAAAUCAUUGGUUGUUGGUAGGCCGAUUCUCCUUGCACUCGAGGACAUCGAUGGAGGCCCUUCUUUUCUCGAAAAAGCUUUGCGUUUCCUGGAGAAAUAUGGAACAAAGGUAGAAGGAAUAUUGCGUCAGUCAGCUGAUGUUGAGGAAGUUGAUCGGAGAGUGCAAGAGUAUGAGCAAGGUAGGAUUGAGUUCACAGCAGAUGAAGAUGCUCAUGUUGUUGGUGACUGUGUUAAGCAUGUUCUUCGGGAGCUACCAUCUUCUCCAGUUCCUGCUUCCUGCUGUACUGCAUUACUGGAAGCUUAUAAACUGGAAAAGAAGGAAGCUCGCAUUGAUGCUAUGCGGACUGCAAUGUCAGAGGCAUUUCCAGAACCAAAUAGACGGCUGUUGCAGAGGGUUUUGAAGAUGAUGCACAUUAUUACUUCUCAUGCUACAGAGAAUCGAAUGGGUCCGUCAGCUGUUGCUACUUGCAUGGCCCCUCUUUUGUUGCGGCCGCUUUUGGCUGGUGAAUGUGAAAUGGAGGAUGAAUUCGAUAUGAAUGGUGAUAAUGCUGCUCAGCUUCUUGCUGCAGCAGCUGCUGCUAAUAAUGCGCAAGCAAUUAUCACGACCCUCUUGGAGGAAUAUGAGAAUAUAUUCGACGAUGAUAAUCUUCAUAGAGGCUCUACGUCUCCGGACUCUCAAGUUGAAGAGAGUGGCAGUGAAGAUUCCGUAGAUGAUGAAAAUACAGAUGUGAAGGAAAAUGGAUAUCAUGAUGCAGAAAAUGUAGAUCUGGAAGUGAAUGAUGAACGUGUUCUUAGUGGAAAACUAAGUGAAAGCAGUGGAUAUGAUGGCAGUGAUCUCUAUGACUAUAAGGCUUUUGCCGAUGAUGGCUCAGAUGCCCAAUCACCUAGAGAUAAUCAAGAUUCAGCUGCGAAGACAGAUUUAUGUCAAGAUCUACAAGCUCGUUUUGAUGAGCUUGGUUCAACUAACAUCAAAAUGGCAGUGACUGAAAAAGGCACACCUAGUCGGUUACCGAUCCGUGAGACUCCGCAGUCGAUGGGAGAGAUCCUGUCUAAUAUGGAUCCUGGAACUUCUUUCCCAUCUUAUGAAGUGGAGAAAUUUGUUGACAGACACCCAAGUAAACAAAAUGGAUUGCACAAACAAGUGAAGCGAACCAACUUCUGGGGACGAAACAAUGCCAGAAAGAACCAGCCAAUGGAAUCAGUUGAUUCAUCUGGUGAAGAAGAGCUUGCUAUUCAUAGGCUCGAGAUGACAAAGAAUGAUCUCCAGAUUAGGAUUGCUAAGGAGGCCAAAGGGAAUGCUAUUCUCCAAGCUAGUUUGGAAAGAAGAAAACAGGCCUUGCAUGAGCGUCGUUUAGCUCUAGAACAAGAUGUCUCUAGAUUGCAAGAGCAGUUGCAAGCUGAGAGGGAUCUUAGAGCUGCAUUAGAGGUUGGGCUGAGCAUGUCUUCUGAACAGUUUUCAAACUCACGUGCUAUGGAUUCGAAGACACGGGCAGAACUUGAGGAGAUUGCCCUAGCUGAAGCAGAUGUUGCAAGGUUGAAAAAGAAGGUCGCGGAACUGCAUCUCCAACUUAACCAACAACGCCAGCAUCACUAUGGAUCUUUUGUUGAUGCUAGCGGUCACUAUCAAAAUUUUCCAGCUCCAAUCUCACAACAGAAGACUGUUCAGCAUGACUUCGAUAUGAGCCUUGCUUUCUGCAACCAUGAGAAGAAGCAAAGGAAUGAGGAGGGGUCGUCGGGAAUAGAUUGGAAGAGCACCAAGCAGCAAAUGCCAACUUACGCUACUUCAAAGCAUCUCUCGAGGAAAUAUUCUUUGGAUUCAAGUGAAUCAACAAGGACGGAGGCAUCGGCGAGUAUAUCGGUGGAAUCAAUCUCUGAUGUCACUGCUACUAACCCUAAAAUUAGUGAGGGUAUCGGGUAUCCGAGGCAGCCGUUAGUGGCAUCUUCUACUCUGGUGGAGCUCACGACGCGACUCGAUUUCUUCAAGGAGCGGCGCUCGCAGCUGAUCGAACAACUCCAUAGUCUCGAUUUAAGUCACGGAGCCGUCCCUUCCCAAGGGUUUGUGUACAAAUCAUCACCUCCGUGGAACAGCCCAAGAUGAGAAAGAGUGCGAGAGCGAUAGCAAGACACCAUUUGUAUCUAUCCAUGCUAUUGUAAAUGUUCGAUCCAAGUCAUCAAUUUCCAUUCACUUCGUGUUCCGACUUUGUGCAUCAUGCGCAGUUCUGAUUGCAGAUUUCUUUUUUCUUCUUUCAACUUUUGUAAAGAUUCAUUUGUGAGAAUGUAAAUGCUUAAGGUUUGAUCUUCGGUUUGUCAUUUUUGCUGAGUACCUAAGUAUACAUGAAUCAAGCAAAAUUUGUGAUAUUUUGAGAGUCAUUGUCAUGGAAGAUGUUAGAAGACACGCAACGGCGCCAAUUUAAGCAUGGCUGUUACAUUA